GGCAGACACUGAGAAAGGGGAAAUGUAGGGAAAUUUUAGUCUGUUUUUGUGUUUUCCACUCUUUAAAUUCGCCGUUGAGUAUUUUUUUUUUCUGUUUAGGAUUUGUCGAUAACUUCAUGGCUUUAGUGGCGGCUGAGCAGAGGUGCAAAGUGAGCGGGACUGUUUACGGCAGAGCGAGAAAAGACGUUUUUCAUGUCAAUACGGACUGUUUGAAAAGUGUCCAAAUGCAGCCCAAGGAGGCGGACUACUCCACAGACGGCCUGCCUAAAGCUUUCCUCCACAGCCUCAGGACCCUUGACAUUUUGGAUGACGGCGGACGCGGUUACGUCCACAUCUCGGAGAUCGAGAGCCGCUGGCAGGGGGCCGACACCCGUGAGCUGCCCGGCGGGGUUCUUGGCUGCCUGAGGCGCGUAGCUCCACCACACGGCUGCCUCACUUUUGAGCGCUUCGUUGCGGGUUUGCGGUACUCCAUGCUGAACCCGGAGAACAGCUCUCAUUUCAAGGCCCGGGCGGCCGUGCGCCCGCAGCACACUCCGCCGCUUCCCAAGCUGUCCACGUGCAGCGCCGCCACGCGGGCUGAGAACAAGGUUCGCCCGCUGGGGCCGAGCAACCUCAACAACACCCAGCAGCGGGCGUCCUCCCUGCAGAGCCGCGCUCGGACCGAGGAGGGACCCGGGUACUCGGCAUGUGGACCGACCCGAUACAGCACGGGGUUUGAGAGGUCCGGAAGGAGCCUGGAGAGAGUCCCCGACCCCCAGGAGGGCGGGUGUUACAGGACCGACCCGGGCUAUGUGCCCAAACAACCGCAGCAUAGCCGGGUCAGGUCCACUGAAUCACUUGCGCUGGAGUCUCCACCACCACAAGAACAAAGUGAAAAACCUGGUUUACCAAGAUCUCAGAGUGAAUCAGCAACAGGUUUUGCCAGAGGAUCCAGGAGACACGGGCGGAGUCGUGACGAGCAGAGACGACAUACCAUAUCCAGCGGAGUGGAUUAUGAAAUGUUGAAACAAAUGAAAGAGUUGGAGCAGGAGAAGGACUCCCUGUUGGCAGGGCUGGAAGUGGUGGAACGGGCCCGUGACUGGUACCAGGGCCAAAUCCACAAUGUUUCCGAGAGGCAGCGGCAGGUCGGCCAGAGCUCCCACUCCACGGAUUUCUUUACAGAAGCCAGUCAGAGUCGCAUGAAUGUUCUAAUCCCUAAAUUACAAGAAGUCAACCGGUGCCUAAAUGAUCUUAUUUCCUGCAAUGGGAUGCAGUCAUUUCCUUCCGGUGGUGCUCAGACAGCAGUGCUCUCCACCACCUCCCAGCUUCCAGCUCCAGCUCCUCCACAAGCCAUCCAGAGACUGAAGGACCAGAACAGACUUCUCACACAGGAGGUGACUGAGAAGAGUGAUCGGAUCACCCAGCUGGAGCAGGAGAAGUCCGCUUUGAUAAAGCAGCUUUUCGAGGCUCGUGCCCGCAGUGCACAGGACACCAGCACCAUGGAUUCUACCUUCAUCUGAAAACACUCCAUUAUAAUAAUAGCGCUUUUUCAGCGAGGCCACGACAAACACACACACAACUGCACAGACUGUGUGACGGCCGCUGAACUGGAGCAAACCCCAGUAAGACUGAAGCGAACCUCGCUGGCUGUUGUUUACCCCACUGACCACUUGAGGCAGUGACACCACUUUAGCCAUGAUACACUCAACUGCAACAUGCAACCACUCUACCCCCAAAACAAAUCAUGCACUACACUCGGAGGAAUACUGAACCUAAAUGACUUGAUCUGAGAGUUGAAUGUCUUUGGGAUCUUGUUACCAGCUGCUUUCCUGUUUCCUCUGGAAAUCCACAAACACUCCCACCAAUAUAAAAGCACUGUUUAGAAAUUAGUAGGCUACUAGUAGGUAGGAUCUUCUCCAAAACUUCUGCUGCAUAGUUGUGAUUCUGCUGAAGCCUGAUUAUAGCAGUGCAAGACUUUAAAGCUACAGUGUGUAAUAUUUAGGGGUGUUUAUUGGCAGAAAUGUAAUAUAGCAUUCAUAGCAUCUGUUCUUUAGUGUAUAAUUACCUACAACAAAUCGAUGUGUUUUCAUAAGCUAAGAAUGAGCCCUUCAUGUCUACAUGGGAGCCUCAUGGAGACCUUUAUAAUGAUACAGUACCCCCAAAGAGACACACUUAACUCCUUUGGAAUUUUGCAAUGUGGCCAGAAAACUGAAGAAAAAGGAGGAAUCAGUAUUUGCUCCCCUGUACACUGUCUACUGGUUGCAAGUAAGGUUGGGUACUGACCGAAUUACAUCAGUACUGUAGAGUACCGAUUCACACAUAAUCAAUCUGUUCAAAAUUUUGGUACCAGAUCACCUCUGGGUUAGAGGAAGAAAGAGAUCAAGACCAGUUAGUUUUUUGGCAGUAGUGCUAUUAGUACAGAGAAGAAAGUUUUCCAUAAUUGCCGUUAAAGUCCAAACAUAGAAAAACAACUGACGCCGCAGCAGAAACGGACUUUCAACCCGGCAUCUGUACAAUGUUUGAAGCAUGCAAUAGCCUUGUCCAGCUGUGUCAUGAACCAGCGCUUUGUAGCAUCUCACUACGACAUAGAGCGGAGACAGAGACAGCCAGAAAUGACGUUACGCUAUUGUUGGGAAUAAAAAUGAAAGCUGGCCAAAG